GAUUCAGCCUCACAGCAAAACAGAUAAUGGAUGUAUUUCAUUUGGUUAGUCACAGUAGAAGGACCACCAUUUGGACGGAUUGGAUUGAUGGGUGUCAUCCAUAUUUCCUCAACAGAAAGCAGAAACCUACCAUUGCAGAGGUAGAUUUAUCCUCUUCACAGGUGAAAAGAGUGUAAAGGGUCUACUUUUUAAGCUUUAAGUCCCAACAGCCAACACAAUUUAUACCAGCUCCAUCAUCACCCUCAUCCCAUCUCUCUCUCCCUCUAGAUCUCUCGCUGGACUGUUGCGGAGAGAAUGGCCUCAAUGGGCUCAUACUUUGCUUCUCUGCAACUCUCAUUCGUGUUAGUGUUSAUGGUUGGUUCAGUAAGGUCAGAUAUAGCUCAAGAUAAAAAUGAGUGCGAGAAUCAAUUGAUUGGUCUGUCUACUUGCCUACCAUAUGUGGGUGGACAAGCCAAGGCACCAACUCUGGACUGUUGCAGUGGACUCAAAGAAGUUGUAGACAAGAGCAAGAAGUGUCUCUGCAUCCUCGUCAAAGAUAGAAAUGAUCCAGAUCUCGGCAUAAAGGUCAAUGUAACUCUUGCCUUGAGCCUACCUACUGCUUGCCACACUUCUGCAAAUGUUUCAGACUGUCCGGCUCUUCUGCACUUGGCUCCUAAUUCACCAGAUGCCCAAGUUUUCGAGCAGUUCGGCAAAGGGGUUAAUAGCACAGUUUCCGAUGACAAAGGGAAUUCCUUGAGCUCUACUGGCACAGAAGCAGGUGCAAAACAGACGAGCAAUGGUGGGAAAGGAAAGAGGCGGAUGGUAGUGGAGAUUGUUAGUGGGAUUUCCAUAUGGUGCCUGUCUUCACUGUUCAUUGUUGGUGUUUUGACAUUAGAGACGUUGAUGCUUUAUUCAAAUUCAGUCAUGGAAUCCUACUCUACUUCACAUUUUCUUGUCACUGAUUACUUAGGGGUGAUAAUAGAUGAUCUCUCUCUCUCCUAUGUGUUCUUUUUAAUAAAUUACAUUCAUCAAUCACAUGACUCAGCUUUGCCUUUCUGAAUCUA